UCGAAAACACAGUAAACACAAACUGCAACCAUGAACCAAGAAAUCAGUAAGAUUCAGCCCAUCUCCUGGCAGAGGUCAAAGACCUCAGCUCAGUGACAGUGAUGUCAGCACUCUGCCUGCUGCUGAUUGGUCCGCAGACAGCAGUUUGUGUUUUUAGACCGACGUCACCCGAAAUCAUCAUGGAUCUGGACAGCAUCGAAGGACUCAAUGAAAUCCGUCCAUCCGUCUACAGAGUGUCCAUGAAGCUUGUGUCUGUGCAGAAACUCUGUCACAUGGACGUCGUGUCCAUUCGACACAUCACAGCGGCCCUCCGCUCCCUGGUGGGCGGGGCUAAACUGUGUCACGAAGUGGGGCUUAACAGAGAGGAAGUGACCCAGAUUGUGAACAGGAUGUACCACAAUGUGUCACAGGAAGUGCCAGGUCAUGUGACUGUGGAGGCUCCAGAGGAGACGUGCAGUCUGCUGUUCAGACUGUACGACAGGACUCAGGCUGGUUGUGUUUCAGCUGCUUCUCUUCAAACUGCUCUGAUUGCUCUGUGUGCUGAAACGCUGCUGCUCAAAUACAGAGCUCUGGUGGCUGUCUACAGUUCAGGAUCAGUCAGCAGGUCUGGACUCAGGUUUUUACUGCAGGACCUCAGCCAGGUUCCUGCGGCGGUUCAGGAAGAAGGUGUGUUCGGUGGCAUAGAGGCAGCGGUGAAGUCGUGUUUUAACGGGGUGUUGACCCCGACGGCGAGUGAACAACAUGUGUUAUCAUGGCUGCAGAGUGAGCCACGCUUGUUGCUGUGGUUACCCACUCUGUAUCGCCUGUGCAUCAGUCAGAACGUCAGUCACAGCGUCCGCUGCCACACCUGCAAGACCUUCCCCAUCACCGGACUCAGGUAUCGCUGUAUGAAGUGUGUGAACGUCCACGUGUGUCAGAGCUGCUUCCUGACCGACAGACAGACGAGAAAACACAAAACUCACCAUCCAGUGCUUGAAUUCUGCACACAGCCCACCUGGAGAGAGUCUUUGUCCUCGUUAGUGCACAGCACUCGUAAUGCCCUGUUGCCACGGCGAUACACACGGAGAGAGGUUGACAGGAUGUGGGCGGAGCCAGGAGAGAGUCAGAACAGUGCUCCGCCUCCCUCGGAUCCCUCAGCACAAUUGGCUGCCUCAGCUGUCAGUCACAGUCCCACCUCCAACAGAGAUGUUUCCCAUGAUGCCUCAGUGCAACCGCCCUGCUCGUUUUCCUCUAAAGCUCUGCAGACUGACGAGGAGACACCAGCUCAGCAGGUGAAGGCGUCGGCUCUGCUCACUGAAGUCAGAAACCUGCAGAGAGACAAAUGGCUGUUGGAGCAGCAGCUGCAGGCGUGGCGGCUCACCGUCCAAUCAGAGCAGGGCAUCCUGGAGGACAGGUGUUCUGAGAUGGAAGUUACCAUGGAAACGCUGCGAGAACACAACCUCAGUCUGCAGGGAAUGCUCACACAGGCUCUGAACAAGAUGGAGGCUCAACAACACGCCAACAACACACAACAAAGCAGCGUCAGUAAGAACAUGGAGAACACUGAGAACGUGGAGAACACUGAGAACGUGGAGAACACUGAGAAAGUGGAGAACACUGAGAACAUGGAGAACACUGAGAGAGAAAACGGUUUGCCAACUUCUGAUGCAGAUAGAAAUACAGAAGAUGAGGAGGAGGUGGUGCUGAUGACAGAGGACGAGUGGAGCGAGGAAGAACAACAAACUCCAUCUCCCACAAUGCACCAGGACCUACCUCCGUCAUGUGACAUCCACUGUGAAGGGGGGGUGUUGGCCAGUGACAGCUUUUGCUGUCGUCCAAUCAGACAGCAGGAUGGCCCAGAGGAGGCGGAGCAACAGGAAGAAGACGCCUGUCUGUGUGAAGAAAAGGAUUGUGGGAUAUGUAGUCCAGCGGAGCUGCUGCAGGAGACUGUGGAGAGACUGAAGACUGCGACAGACAGGUGGACAGAGAGACAGACAGUUUCAGGUGAGAGGAAGAGGGCGGAGCUUCUGGAGGCUGCAGACCAGGUGGGGGACUCGAUACACCACCUGGUGGAUGCUGUGAGAACAAACAGUGACACACGCUGAAGAUCAGGUUAUAAAAGUUGUUUAUUCAACAUGAACUCACCCAUAAUUAGAUAAACAAAGUGUAAAGAUAUAAAAAGAUAUUAACAACAAACAGCAACUGAACAAAAGGUACCAGAGGCUGCUUCACCUGACAGACAGGUGUGUUAUGGAAACAUACAGCUGCCAACAUUAUAAUAACAUUAUUUCACUUUCAUUCGUGUGCAUGUUUAAAUUUAAUUCUCAUGAUUUAUAAUAUUUAAAAACAAAUGUUUAUUUUCUUGAUGUAUUAAAAUGUUUAAAUCAAAAGUCAUCAAAAAUUAUUAAAAUUGUUUAUGCUGCAGCACAAAAUAAAUCUUUUAAUGAUU